AUUCACGAGUCUACGUGACGCAUGUGCUCUCUAUUAACGCUGGCAGAAAAAAUUUGGUUUGCAGGUUAUCGUUGGUGCUGUCAUGUCCGAUGUCGCUAGAAUAUUAUCCACUGGAUAGACAAACGUGCCUUAUUGAUCUCGCUAGCUAUGCUUAUACUACCGAUGACAUCAAAUACGAAUGGAAGUUGACGAAUCCAAUUCAGCAAAAAGAAGGCUUACGACAAAGCUUACCGAGUUUUGAGCUUCAAGAUGUGUUGACCGAUUACUGUACGAGUAAAACGAACACAGGUGAAUACAGUUGCUUGAGGACAAAAAUGAUUUUACGACGAGAAUUCAGCUACUAUCUGUUGCAGGUGUGUGCCGUGCUAUUUGCCCAUUCGUAUCUUUACCCUCUGUGAAA